GCGUGCUACCACCCCAUGGAAGAUUCGAUGGACAUGAACAUGAGCCCCCUGAGGCCCCAGAACUAUCUUUUCGGUUGUGAACUAAAGGCUGACAAAGAUUAUCACUUUAAGGUGGAUAAUGAUGAAAAUGAACACCAGUUAUCCUUAAGAACGGUCAGUUUAGGGGCUGGUGCAAAGGAUGAAUUGCACAUUGUUGAAGCAGAGGCAAUGAAUUAUGAAGGCAGUCCUAUUAAAGUAACAUUGGCAACAUUGAAAAUGUCUGUACAGCCAACGGUUUCCCUUGGGGGCUUUGAAAUCACACCACCUGUGGUCUUAAGGUUGAAAUGUGGUUCAGGGCCUGUGCAUAUUAGUGGGCAGCACUUAGUAGCUGUGGAGGAAGAUGCAGAAUCAGAAGAUGAAGAGGAGGAGGAUGUAAAACUCUUAAGUGUGUCUGGAAAGCGAUCUGCCCCUGGAGGUGGUAGCAAGGUUCCCCAGAAAAAAGUAAAACUUGCUGCUGAUGAAGAUGACGACGAUGAUGAAGAUGAUGAUGAUGAUGAAGAUGAUGAUGAUGAUGAUUUUGAUGAUGAGGAAACUGAAGAAAAAGCUCCAGUGAAGAAAUCUGUACGAGAUACUCCAGCCAAAAAUGCACAAAAAUCAAACCAGAAUGGAAAAGACUCAAAACCAUCAACACCAAGAUCAAAAGGUCAAGAAUCCUUCAAAAAACAGGAAAAAACUCCUAAAACACCAAAAGGACCUAGUUCUGUAGAAGACAUUAAAGCAAAAAUGCAAGCAAGUAUAGAGAAAGCACAUUGAACAGCCCUGGGCACUACUGGUAAAUUAAGCCCAAAGAUGGGGAGAAAGGAAAAGGAGAGACAAAUAUAGUCCAUACUGAGUAUCAUCAACAAUCCAGGCUGAAGUCUUCUAUUUUAAUCUCAAUCCCCUUUCCUGAUUUGCCACCCACACCCACUUGCAGGCUGGAAGCAAUCUCUCUUGAUUUCCUAAAGCACUUUUGACUGCUGUGAAUUCAGUGAACCUUAUAUUGCUCUUACUUGUGCAUAUGCCUCAUCAUCUCUUGGACCAUGUUUUAAUCACCUUUGUAUCUCCUCCUUAGCUGCUCAAUAAAUAUUUGAAUGAAUGAAAAAAA